AUGACCAACUUGGAGCCGGUGGGUAUAACGCUCGAGCCCGUAUUUCGCGUUACAUGCCCCGUUGAACCCGCGCACACGGUGGGUGACUCGGGCGAAGGCGUGCGCAAGAUCGUCCCCAUCGCUCCCGGUGGCACCAUCACCUCGCCCAUCGCAGCUCUCGACGGGGCAGUGGGCAUGCAUGGCGGAAGCGACUACUUUCGCACCGACCAGUUUGGCAAAACUCGCCUCGACGCAAGGUACUUUUUCAAACUCAAAUCCGGUCACAAUCUGUACUUUCAAUCGUCGGGCGUGCGGUUUGUGCCAAGCUCGUAUCCGGACCAGACGGCUGUGCAGAGAAUCAUGCAGGGCGAAUCGGUCGAUCCGAGCCAGUACUACUUCCGGCUCAAGCUCAUUCUGGAAUGCGACGAUCCCGAUCCGCAGGUGCAGGAUCUGGUGUGCAAAGUGGUGAUUGCCUCGGCGGUUCGUACCACCGACACCGUCAUGUACCAAGCUUACGUUGUAAACUAG